CAAUGGAAUAUAUUGCUGUAAAUAUACACCCAAGUCAUAAGGAAGUGACUCUUUAGUAGCCUGUUUUUCCACCGUAGAGGACAAAGGUGUUUUGAGGAGUUUGCAAAGAUGCAACUUCUGAGAGCUUUGAAACCCAGCACCGUUUGUCCACAUAUGUACUGUAGGAAGUGACUGCAGCUCUGCCUCCAACAUGAGUCAACAUAGAGACUCUGGUGGUAGACAUGGAGAUACAAGAUCAACAUCCCAGAAAGGGAGAUCAAACACGUCUGCACCCAGCUGUGUGUCCAUGAAGAGUGAUCGGUCAAAGGAGGACUAUAUCAACUUCAGUGAGGGACAAAGUCAUCCAGAUCCCAGACCAACAACCCAGAAAGGGAGAUCAAACACGUCCGCACCCAGCUGUGUGUCCAUGAAGAGUGAUCGGUCAAAGGAGGACUAUAUCAACUUCAGUGAGGGACAAAGUCAUCCAGAUCCCAGACCAACAACCCAGAAAGGGAGAUCAAACACGUCUGCACCCAGCUGUGUGUCCAUGAAGAGUGAUCGGUCAAAGGAGGACUAUAUCAACUUCAGUGAGGGACAAAGUCAUCCAGAUCCCAGUGUCCAACAGGAAGAACAAACAGUUCAUCCAUCCUUCAGCAAAGUUAAUCGAAAAGAAUUGUCUACUGUAUUCAAGGAGCUUGAACACAAAGUCAUCACUUUCAUGACGAAUGAACUAAAGAGACUCAAGUCGUUCCUGACUCAUGAUUACCCAGAAUCCCCUUGUAAUGAGGAGGACUACCAGAGAGACACCAGGGAUGGAGCUCUGAAGAUUGCAGUGCAAAUCCUGAGGAACAUGAACCAGGAGAUCAUUGCUCAACAGCUGGAGAAAUGUGGACUGUUUCCUAAAUGUCAAGAAGCGCUCAAACAUAGUCUAAAAGAGAAGUUUCAGAGAAUAUUUGAAGGUGUGCCUAAGCUAGGAAGCCCUACUCUUCUGGAUAAGAUCUACACAGAGCUCUACAUCACAGAGGGGGAAAGUGUAGAGGUCAAUACUGAACAUGAGGUCAGACAGAUUGAGAUGGCAUCUAAGAGACAAAUAACAAUGAGGGAAACACCAAUCAAAUGUACUGAGAUCUUCAGGCCCUUACCUGGACAAGACAAGCUCAUCAGAACUGUGCUGACAAAGGGAGUUGCUGGCAUUGGAAAAACAGUCUCUGUGCAGAAAUUCAUUCUGGACUGGGCUAAAGGAAAAGCCAAUCAGAAUAUUCUCUUCAUAUUUCCUCUUCCUUUUCGGGAGCUGAACUUGAUUAAAGAGAAGAAAUACACCCUUAUCGAUGUCAUCCAUCACUUCUUCUCUGAAACAGAAGACUUUGCCUUCUCCAACCAGGACAGAUACAAUAUUGCCUUCAUCUUUGAUGGUCUUGAUGAAAGCAGACUUCCUCUGGAUUUCCAGCACAAUGAAUGCAUCUACAAUGUAUCAGAACCUGCCUCAGUGGACGUCCUUCUCACAAACCUCAUCAAGGGGAAUCUGCUUCCCUCUGCUCUUGUGUGGAUCACCUCCCGACCAGGAGCAGUCAAUCAAAUCCCUCCUGAGUGUGUUGACCAGGUGACAGAAGUCCGGGGUUUUAAUGACCCUCAGAAGGAGGAGUACUUCAGGAAGAGAAUCACAAAAAAGAAACUGGCAAAGAGAAUCAUCACACACCUGAAGUCUUCCAGGACCCUCUACAUCAUGUGUCACAUUCCAGUCUUCUGUUGGAUGGCAGCCACCGUUCUGGAGUACAUACUGACUAAAGCAGAGAGUGGAGAGAUUCCAACGUCUUUGUCUCAAAUGUACACACACUUCCUGAUCAUACAAACCAAACACAUGAGUCAGAAGUAUGGAAAUCGUGAUGCGGAUGCACUCUGGAACCUGAAGACCAUUCUGUCCCUGGGCAAACUGGCUUUUCAGCAGCUGGAAAAGGGCAAUCUGAUCUUCUAUGAGGAGGACCUGAGAGAGUGUGGCAUUGAUAUCACAGAAGCAUCAGUGCACUCCGGGAUGUGUACCCAGAUCUUCAGGGAGGAGGCAGGGCUGUUCCAGGGGAAGGUGUUCUGCUUUGUUCAUCUGAGUAUUCAGGAGUUUCUAGCAGCUUUAUAUGUGUUUCUGCACUUUAGCAAGAGAGAGAGCAAUGUGCCUGAACAACACAACACCUCUCUGCUUUAUUCACUGCUCAGUGCUAACAAACUUCUUGACAUACAGCAGACUGCAGUGGAUCUGGCCUUAAGGAAUGAGAAUGGACAGCUCGAUCUUUUCCUGAGGUUUCUUCUGGGCCUCUCACUGGAGUCCAAUCAGAAACUCUUACAAGAUCUGCUGCCACAGACAGGAUGCAGCUCACUGAACACAGAGGAAACAGUCAAAUACAUCAAGAAGAAGAUCAGAGAAGACCCCAACCCAGAGAGAUGCAUCAACCUGUUCCACUGUCUGAAUGAACUGAAUGACCACUCUCUGGUGGAGGAGGUCAAUGGCUACUUAAGGAAGGGAAAAGGAGCCAGACAGGAUCUCUCUCCCUCCCAGCUGUCAGCUCUGGCCUUUGUGCAGCUGAUGUCAGACCAGGAACUGGAGGAGUUUAACCUGGGGGAUUAUGGGGGAGGGGGAUCACCUGCCAGAUCAGAUGUAGGUCUGAUAAGGAUGCUGCCCGUGGUCGAAGCAUCAAGAAGUGUGAAGCUGGUAAAUUGUAACAUCACAAAGAAGAGCUGUGCAGUUUUAUCUUCAGCUCUCUGCUCAAACUGUUCCAGUCUGAGACAGCUGGACCUGACUGAUAAUUAUCUGGGAGAUUCAGGAGUGGAGCUGCUUUCUACUGGUCUGGAACAUCCAGACUGUAGACUGGAGAAACUAGAGCUUUUGGGUUGUAAACUCACAGAGAAAAGCUGUGCAGCUUUAUCUUCAGCUCUCAGCUCAAACUCUUCCAGACUGAGACAGCUGGACCUGGGUGACAAUAAUCUGGGAGAUUCAGGGGUGGAGCUGCUUUCUACUGGUCUGAAGCAUCCAAACUGUAGCCUGGAGAAACUGGGACUGAUGGAUUGUAAACUCACAGUGAAGAUCUGUGCAGCUUUAUCUUCAACUCUCAGCUCAAACUCUUCCAGUUUGAGACAGCUGGACCUGAGUGGCAAUAAUCUGGGAGAUUCAGGAGUGAAGCUGCUUUGUACUGGUCUGAGGCAUCCAAACUUUAGACUGAAGAAUCUGGAGCUGGUGGAUUGUAACAUCACAAAGAAGAGCUGUGCAGCUUUAUCUUCAGCUCUCUGCUCAAACGUUUCCAGUCUGAGACAGCUGGACCUGAAUAACAAUAAUCUGGGAGAUUCAGGAGUGGAGCUACUUUCUACUGGUCUGAAGCAUCCAAACUGUAGCCUGGAGAAACUGGGGCUGAUUGAUUGUAACAUCACAAAGAAGAGCUGUGUACCUUUAUCUUCAGCUCUCAGCUCAAACUCUUCCAGUCUGAGACAGCUGCACCUGAGUGACAAUUAUCUGGGAGAUUCAGGAGUGGAGCUGCUUUCUACUGGUCUGGUGCAUCCAAACUGUAGACUGGAGAAACUGGGUCUGAGGUGCUGUGGCCUUACAGUGAGGAGCUGCUAUACUUUAGCUUCAGCUCUCAGAUCAAACCUCUCCAGUCUGAGAGAGCUGGACCUGAGAGGAAACAACCUGCAGCAGUCUUAUGUGGAGCUGCUUUCUGCUCUACAGAAAGAUCCUGAAUAUAGGCUGACUGAACUAGAGUAUUAACUGGGCAGCCAUCAAUCAUCCACCAGUCUGACUGGAGCAGAGCUGCUGCAGAUGCUGCAGUUUCCAGACACUCAGUACCAGAUGAUCAUCCAGCUGCCCCACGGAUCAGCACUGUGUGUCUACCUGUCCACUGCUACUUUUGAAAGGGUUAUUUAGUUUUCUAGUGAUACAUAAUCACCAUCUCUAAACUGAUUAAACUACUGCUACACGUUAAAGGGUUGUUGUUAUCUAGUGAUUUAUAAUCAGAAUUACGAAUCACCAUUUGUAAACGGAUACAUUAUUUUUUUUUAACUGCAUUGAUGUCAGGUAACAUGCUUAGUCUGAUUUUAUUUAAUGAAUGAAAUAUAGUGUCAUGAGCGCCAUUAAACUUUAUUUUGUCACACA